AUGCGUUUCUACACUGUCGCUCUCUUGACUGGCGCUACUGCUGCCGCUGCAGGUAGCACUGCCAACCUUUUGCUGCCUGGCUUCCAGGGCCAUGACCUGCAGGCUGGUAUUUUGGGUCAGGAUGGCGAUGCGACCACCUACCUGGUCACCUGCCCUACCAGCGUUGCUUCCUCAGCCUGCGGUAUCCCCGGAACCGGCAUGACCGCCAUCUCCGCCCCCAGCUCCGCCCAGCUGAUCAACACCAACGGCGCAAACACCGCCUCCCUCUCUUGCAACGUCGCCGGCACCACCUACGCCUCCUGCUCCGCCCAAGAAGGCACCGUGACCGUCCAGCAGACCCUCGCCGCCAGCAACAUCAACUGGAUGGCCGUGACCGUCACCGGCCCCUGCUCAACCAGCACUCCCACACCAACCCCCACCCCCACUCCCACCUCAACCCCAACCCCCACCCACUCCUCAACCUCAACCCUGGUCACCUCCACCUCGUCCCCGGUCUCUUCCCCCAAGAAGUCGCCCUCCAAGUCCUCCACCCGUCUGAUCACCUCUACCCCCCUUGUCUCCGGCGCAGCUACCACCGCCCCCGCCGUGACUGCCCCCGCUGCCGCGACUACCCCUGCUCCAUCGGUCACCCCCGUGACGGCCGGUGCCGCUUCGGUUGCGCGUAACGGCUGGUUCCUCGGUGGUGCGCUUGCGCUUGUUUACGCGCUUGUGUAG